AUGGCCAGCCAAACGAGGACCGAAACCAUCACGCCUGCGGUGAUUCACAUUGUACCUCCUGCUGCAUCGACAGCAGCUACGCCACAGGAGCAGCAAGAAACAACAGAGCAUCCGAAACAGGUCGCAUGGGUCGAGGGUACGCUCGAUAACGAAGACUUGGGCAGGAAGAGCAGCAAAGUCUGCUGCAUAUACCAUAAGCCCGUGGCUUUCGGGGAAAGCAGCAGCAGUAGCAGCAGCAGCAGCGAAGAUGAACUAGAUAGUAAUGGCAAUGUUCGUAGAGUCAAGAAGAAGAAAAGGGCAAAGCGAAGCCGAAGGGAGGAACACGUGUGGGGGGAUAAACACUGUUCUCAAGGGGCAGCAGACGAGAAAAAGGGUCAGCCUGACACUGGAAAAUAA